AUGGAAAACGGCGGUAAAGCUCCGGCGAAGCAAUGUGCUUUUGAUACCUUCCGACGGCUGGUGAAGGAGGAUUCCUCUGGAGGAUGGGAGAAGAGUUGGGAAGUAGGAGCCACUCCAUGGGACUUGGGAAAAGCAACUCCGAUCAUCGCCCAUCUCGUCAAGACUGGAACUUUGCCUAAUGGCAGAGCUCUUGUUCCUGGUUGUGGAACCGGUUAUGAUGUGGUGGAAAUGGCCUCCCCUGAUCGUUAUGUCGUUGGACUAGAUCUAUCCAAAACUGCGAUUGACCAAUCAACAAAGCUAUUUGCCUCAUUGCCCAAUGCAAAACACUUCUCCUUCGUAGCUGAAGACUUCUUCACUUGGGACCCAGCUGAAAAGUUCGAUCUCAUUUUCGACUAUACUUUCUUCUGUGCAAUUGAACCAAGCAUGAGACCUCAAUGGGCAGAGCAAAUGGAUAAACUUCUGAAUCCUGGUGGAGAGCUUCUUACAUUGAUGUUUCCUCUUAAUGAGCUUUCUGGAAAUCCUCCUUACAAAGCAGACGUGGAAGAUUACGAGAAGUUUCUGAUUCCAUUGGGGUAUGAAGCAACCUCCAUUGUGGAUAACGAACUUGCUAUACCAUCACGCAAGGGAAACGAGAAGGUUGGAAGAUGGAAGAAGCCUUCCACCAUUACCUCCACCUUGUGA